GCGGGAAGGCCCGGGAGGAAGGCUGACGUGUCCUAGGGAACGGGGGGCGGCUCCGUGCUGCGCAUGUGUGCCGCCGCUCGGUGGGUGCACGGUGGGCGGCCUGCCGUUCCCGCCGUGGCAGCCAUGGCGGCGGCGGCGGCGGACGGGGAGGGCCCGUCCGUGCUGUUCCUGCACCCGGACCUGGGGCUGGGUGGUGCGGAGCGGCUGGUGGUGGACGCGGCGCUGGCGCUGCAGGCGCGGGGCUGCCGGGUGCAGAUCUGGACGGCGCACUACGACGCGGAGCGCUGCUUCGCGGAGACGCGCGGGCUGUCGGUGCGGCGGGCCGGCGGGUGGCUGCCGCGCAGCCUGUGGGGCCGCGGGCACGCCUGCUGCGCCGCCCUGCGCAUGGCCUUCCUGGCGCUCUACAUCCUGUUGCUCAGCGACGAGCGGGCGGACGUCUUCGUCUGCGACCAGGUGUCUGCUUGUAUUCCUGUACUUAGACUGGCCAGAACCCGUAAGAAGGUUUUGUUUUACUGUCACUUUCCUGAUCAGCUUCUGACCAAGAGAGAGUCUCUCCUAAAGCGCAUCUACAGAUUACCGCUCGACUGGCUGGAAGAGUACACGACUGGCAUGGCAGACUGUAUUGUCGUGAACAGCAAGUUCACCGCCAGUGUGUUCAAAGACACGUUUAAGUCCUUAUCUCACAUAGACCCGGGCGUCCUCUACCCAUCACUCAAUAUCAGUAGCUUUGAAACCAUAGUUCCAGCGGACAUAGCUGACCUCAUACCCAAAAAGAAAAAGUUCUUGUUUCUUUCCAUUAAUAGAUAUGAGAGAAAAAAGAACCUGGCGCUGGCUCUCGAAGCUUUGCAUGAGCUUCGAGGAAGACUGGAUUCUCAUGGCUGGAAUGAAGUUCACCUGGUUAUGGGAGGUGGAUAUGAUAAGCGAGUUCUGGAGAAUGUGGAGCAUUACGAAGAGCUGAGGAGACUUGCAGCUAAGCUGAACGUUAAUGACCAUGUCACUUUUCUGAGAUCAUUCUCAGAUGAACAGAAGAUCUCUCUUCUGAGUAACUCUGUAUGUGUGCUUUAUACGCCAAGCAACGAACACUUUGGCAUUGUUCCUCUGGAGGCAAUGUAUAUGAGAUGUCCGGUUGUAGCGGUUAAUUCAGGCGGUCCUUUAGAGUCAAUCUUGCAUAAUGUUACAGGAUUUCUGUGUGAUCCUCUACCAACACAAUUCUCUGAGGCCAUGGAAAAAAUUGUGAGAGAUCCUCUCUUAAAGGAUACAAUGGGAGCAGCUGGGAGAGCCAGAGUUAUGGAAAAAUUUUCCUCAGAAAUAUUCACAGAACAGCUGUAUCAAUAUAUAUGCAGAUUAACACAAUAAAAUUAUCUUCCCAUAGUAUAUUUUACAGCUUUGUAUCUCUCAUUUGUAUAGUGGACCAGUAUUAAUUGUGACUGUGAUGAAGAACCCUGGACAUCUGAAUUUCUUUCCUACGCUUCUUGUGCUGCCUUAUGUUGUUCAGUACAAAGAAUGAGCAAAACAUGUCCCACUGUCUCCUUAGAAGGUUAAAAUUUUCACGUGGUAGGCUGGUCUGCCAUUGUAGGUGUUCUUUUGAGUACUGUGCCUUGGAAAAUUGCAUAGUUAAAUGGCAGUAACUUACUAGGAAAUUAUUGCACAUUUAUUUGGAAUAAUGUACAGCAUGGCUGAUUCAAUUUACAAAAUGUGUAUUUGUACAGAUAAGAAUUGCAGCUUUAUUUUAAAUGUUCAUCAGUAAUUUUUAAGUAAAAGAGCUAUCUCAGCUGAA